AUGAAUGUCCUGUUCACGCUGGUGGUUCUGACGGUGGCAAUGGCGGCCGUAUAUUCUGCGCCCGCCGAUAGUGACGCUCAGGCGGCGAUCGUCAGCCAAACCUCGGACGUACAACCUGAUGGAUCCUUCAACUACGCUUACGAAUCGGCGAACGGAAUCAAGGUCGAGGAUCAGGGCACGAUCAAGUCGAUCAAGGUCCCGAAGCUGGAUGAAACCGGCCGACAGGUUGGUGAGGAGGACGUGCAGGUGUCGGUUCAGACCGGCUCCUUCCAGUACACCGCCCCGGACGGUCAGGUUUACACUUUGAGGUACGUGGCCGAUGAGAAUGGAUUCCAGCCGCAAGCGGAUCACCUCCCGGUUGCUCCCAGUGCCUAAUUGUGCCCCCUCAAAAAGGACGACCCUAGUCAGGUGGUGAGAAAGCAUUAAAGGUGAAAUAAACAGCAAAGAAAUACUCACGAUAAUCGCAUGUACAU